UUAUACCCCCUACGUGCGCAUUAUCACCGAAAACAAACGUGCAGGUCAGUCUUUGCAUUCACACACAUGGUUAUAUAUAUACACACAUUACAUUAUACAUUACACCUCGACUGAGAAUCGUCAAAAAAAAAAAAAAGAAUGGGGAAAGAUCUGAAGAGCUUCAUGUCGAGGUGCAUCUACGUGGGGAAGGUGAACGAGAAUCUGGAGAAGUUGAAGGCAGCGGCCGAAGAACUCAGAGAUUUGCGGAACAAUGCGAUGAAAAGGGUCAAGAUCUGCGAGGAACAGCAACCACACAUGAAGCGGUUCGAGAGAGUCCAGACAUGGAUCAGACAGGCAGAUUCCGCCAUCAAAGAAGCCGAAGAGUUGAUGUCCAAGAACACCUCGAACAUGACAAGCCUCAAACUCGACAAGAAAGUGUCCAAGAAGACGAGAGAGAUACGUGACGUCAUCAAGACCCGAGGAACCUUCUUGGAAUCUCUGUCCGAGAACAACAACAGCAAGAACAACGGACAGAUGGUCUCCGCCGAUAACGACGACGACCAGACAGUGGGGCUGGAGGCUGUGUCGGGGGUCCCAUGGAGGUGUCUGACGGUGGAGAACACGGGAAUCAUAGGGCUUUACGGCGUUGAAGGCGUCGGGAAGACGACGGUACUGACGCAAGUGAACAACAGGUUGCUUCAGCAGAAAUCGAACGGGUUCGAUUUCGUGAUUUGGGUGUUCGUUUCGAAGAAUGUGUGCGUGGAGAAGAUUCAGGACACGGUGAGGGAGAAAAUAGGGUUUCUGGACAAGACGUGGACGAGCAAGAGCGGACAAGAGAAGGCCUCGAAGAUCUUCGAGAUCCUCAGCAAGAGAAGGUUCGCUCUCUUCCUCGACGAUGUCUGGGAGAAGAUCGAUCUUGUGAGAGUGGGAGUGCCAGUGGCAGACGCACAGAACAGAUCAAAGAUCGUGUUCACGACAUGUUCAGAGGACGUGUGUCGGGAAAUGGGAGCGCAGACAAAGAUCAAGGUGGAGAAACUGUCGUGGGAGAAGGGGUGGGAGCUGUUCAAGAAGAACGUGGGAGAGGAUACGCUCAAGAGCCACCCGGACAUAGCCGCGGUGGCUCAGGACGUGGCCUCCAAAUGCGACGGCCUCCCCCUGGCUCUGGUCACCAUCGGCCGAGCCAUGUCCUCCAAGAAGACCCCCCAAGAAUGGCGCGACGCUCUGUACAUCUUGAGCAACUCUUCUCCCAAUUUCUCAGUUCUCAAGCUGCUGGACAAGAACUAGGUGGAAGGCCAUGGAGAGAUUCAUUGAGAGAGAGAGAGAGAGAGAGAGAGAGAGAGAGAGAGAGAGAGAGAGAGUCGACAGUUAUAGAGCUCUUCAAUUGAUCCAUCCUCUUAUAUGCUUCUGACUUGUUUCGAAGUUUUGAUGUCCAUUAUUUAAAUCACUAUCAUGGGUGUUGUAUUAUUUUCAUGAAUGAUUCGUAAAUAGCAAAUAAGAAAGAUACGAAUACGACA